UUACAAUGUAGGUUAACUCUCGUGCUAUUUACGUUAUGUCUAACACAUGAUAUUUUAAUUUGUUUACCAAUCAAAAAAGUAAUGUAAUCGUUUAAGUUAUUAAUAUAGUAUAGUAGAGUGGUCAACAUAAUUUAGUUGGAGAUGAGUGUGUACAGUAGUGAGGAACUCCUGGAUGCUGGAAUCAUUUAUCGGAAUAAAAAAGAACAACUAGAUGUGACUAUAGGCGAUGGAAUGGAGUUACUCAUACGCGGGGAAAAAAAUAAGAAAAAAAAGCCACCGACGAGUAGUUCAUAUAAUUCGUUUGGAAUGCACCAAAGCAGUACUGACGAGAAUUAUUACCUAAAGGAUAAAUAUGAAUAUGACACUAGAAGUACUAAAUCUUACGGAAGUCAUGAGCACGAUCCUUACGAUAGUGAGAGCCAUAGAGGAAGUAAAAGAAGCUUACACAAUGCCGAAGAGAAAAAAGAUCCUAGCAAAGAAGACGUCGAAAUCAACCAAAACAUUUUAGGCGGUAAUGACGGAAUUGCCGCAGAAGAAAUUAAUGGCGACGAAUACAAAGAACAAGGUCCUGUCGAAAUGGUAGAAGACGUAUUCGAGGAAGAAGAAUAUCCUGAAGACUGUUUUCCGCCGAACUGUUAUAAAAAAUUUCCCUUCCUGGCUGGCGAUGAUGAAACGCCAUUUUGGUUAGGGUGGGGACAGCUCAGACUGAAAACAUUUCAACUUAUAGAAAACAAAUAUUUCGAAACCGCUGUGAUUACUAUGAUUUUGCUUAGCAGUUUGGCGCUGGCGCUAGAAGAUGUACACCUCCAGCAUCGUCCGGUUCUACAAGACAUUUUGUACUACAUGGAUCGGAUAUUCACAGUUAUAUUUUUUUUGGAGAUGUUGAUCAAAUGGUUGGCGUUGGGUUUCCGCAAUUAUUUUACAAACGCCUGGUGUUGGCUGGACUUCAUAAUUGUUAUGUUGUCAUUAGUUAACUUGGCAGCGAUAUGGUUUGGGGCGGCAGAUAUACCAGCGUUCAGGUCAAUGAGGACUCUUCGGGCUUUAAGACCCCUGAGAGCGGUAUCUCGUUGGGAGGGUAUGAGAGUGGUGGUUAACGCGUUAGUACAGGCGAUUCCUAGUAUUUUCAACGUGUUACUUGUGUGUCUGAUAUUUUGGCUGAUUUUUGCUAUAAUGGGUGUACAACUUUUCGCCGGAAAAUAUUACAAGUGUGUCGACCCAAAAGACGGGAAAACUUUGAAUCACGAGAUUAUACCAGACAAAAACGUCUGUAUAGCUGAGAUGUACAAAUGGGAAAAUUCUAAAAUGAACUUCGAUCACGUGGGGAACGCGUAUCUUUGCCUUUUCCAAGUGGCUACUUUUAAUGGAUGGAUGGAAAUAAUGAGAGAUGCCGUAGAUUCUAGAGACACGCACGGGAAACAGCCAAUCCGUGAAAUCAAUAAUUAUAUGUAUUUUUAUUUCGUGUUUUUUAUUAUUUUUGGUUCAUUUUUCACUCUUAAUUUAUUUAUUGGUGUGAUCAUCGACAAUUUCAACGAACAGAAGAAAAAAACAGGUGCUUCUCUUGAAAUGUUUAUGACGGAGGACCAAAAGAAAUAUUACAAUGCUAUGAAAAAAAUGAGUUCCAAAAAGCCACUUAAAGCAAUUCCAAGACCUAGGUGGAGGCCACAAUCCAUCGUCUUCCAAAUCGUAACAGACAAAAAGUUCGACAUGCUAAUCAUGUUGUUCAUCGGAUUUAACAUGUUGACUAUGACACUUGACCAUUACCAACAGACCAAACUUUUUACAGAUGUAUUAGAACGUCUUAACCAAAUAUUUAUCGCUAUAUUUUCAACCGAAUGUCUACUAAAAAUAUUCGCAUUGCGAUAUUAUUAUUUUAAAGAGCCAUGGAACUUAUUCGACUUCGUGGUCGUUAUACUUUCCUUAGCGGGUUUGGUGUUAAGUGAUUUGAUAUCCAAAUAUUUCGUAUCACCAACGCUCCUUCGAGUGGUCAGAGUAGCUAAGGUGGGCCGAGUGUUACGUUUGGUAAAAGGAGCGAAAGGCAUUAGGACUCUAUUGUUCGCUUUAGCUAUGUCACUUCCAGCGUUAUUCAACAUAUGUUUGUUACUGUUUCUCGUCAUGUUCAUAUUUGCUAUAUUUGGCAUGUCGUUUUUUAUGAACGUAGAUAGCCACGGAGGGUUGGAUGAAGAUUACAAUUUCCGUACUUUCGGGCAAUCGAUGAUACUUCUUUUCAUGCUGUCUACGUCGUCCGGUUGGGACGCAGUACUGGAUGGUAUUACGAACGAGGAAAACUGCCAAAAGCCAAAUUUAGAGAUGGGUAUCACGGGCAGUUGUGGUAGUAGUGCUGUGGGCACGGCAUUUUUGCUUUCGUACCUGGUGAUCAACUUCCUCAUUGUCAUAAACAUGUACAUUGCGGUCAUCCUGGAAAACUAUUCACAAGCCACAGAGGACGUGCAGGAAGGUCUCACGGACGACGAUUACGACAUGUACUAUGAGAUAUGGCAGCAUUUCGACCCCAAUGGUACCAGGUACAUUCGAUACGACCAGCUGUCAGACUUCCUAGACAUUCUGGAACCGCCAUUGAAGAUCCACAAACCAAACAAGUACAAGAUCGUGUCCAUGGAUAUACCCAUAUGCAAAGGAGACCUAAUCUAUUGUGUAGACAUACUAGACGCGUUGACCAAGGACUUCUUCGCGAGAAAAGGCAAUCCCAUCAUCGAGACCGUAGCCGAGAUCGGAGAGAUGCAAACGCGACCCGAAGAGGCUGGGUACGAGCCCAUCAGCUCAUCUCUGUGGCGCAUGCGCGAGGUUUAUUGCGCAAUAAUCAUACAGAACUCGUGGCGCAAGUACAGGGCGGCCGCCAAACAGCAGACGGCGGACGACGAGCGGAGCGAUGGGGCCGCUUCGCCAGACGGUCGUGAAACCGCCGUGUUGGUCGAGAGCGAUGGGUUUGUCACCAAAAACGGUCACAAGGUUGUCAUUCACUCGAGGUCGUCGUCAAAAAGCUCAAGACUCGCCGAUGUCUAAUCCACGACACGAUACGUCCGUAUUGCGAAAACAAUGUAUUUUGUACGUUAUUAUUAUUAUUGAUAUUAUUUAUAAUAUAUUUAUUACGAUUAAUAUGGCAAAA